AUGAAACUAGAGGAGGCUUCCAUUAUUGUUUCUCCGGAUUGGAUGAAGCUGUUCAAGAUUAUGUGUGAUGCCAGUGGAGUGGCACUUGGAGUUUUUCUUGGCCAAAAGAAAGAGAAGUUGUUCCAUCCAAUAUAUUAUGCAAGCAAGGCCCUAAAUGGGGCUCAAAAGAAUUAUACUGUGACUGAGCAGGAACUUCUAGUAAUUGUGUAUGCCUUUGAGAAGUUUCGGGCAUAUUUGUUAGGUACCAAGGUGGCGAUGCACACUGACCACUUCGCCUUGAGGAAACCAGAAGCUGAAAGAGUUGGAGGUGACCGAUGGACCAAUCGAUGGAACAUUGCUGCCUUGACAGACCGUAAUAUGGAAAUCAAACUUCCACCAACCAGAGGCAUGGGUAGAGGCCAAAGAGCCAGACAAUAUCCAUCACAGGGUUCGGAUGCAUCGUUUGAAGAGGAGGGUGAAAAUAGUAGCAGUAGUAGCUCUAGCUCGAGCCCAAUUAAGGAAGGGGUUGAAAUAUCUAACCCCAUCCAAGAGGAGGUUCCAGAAUAG